CGCCGGCCGCGGGCAGGGGCGGGUCCCUGCGCUGGUUCCCGGUAGCGGCGGGGCCGUGCCAGCUCCAUGUCGCGCAGGGCCAUGGAGCAGCCCCGGCGCAUCACCGACUCCUUCCCGCGGCGGCGGCGGCGGGGCCCGGGGCGGCCCCCGGGCAGGCUGAAGGGCAGGAGGAACAAGGACAAGGACAACAAGGACAAGGACAACAAGGACAAGGUGCAGCUGAAGGUGCGGGACUGUCCCCGCGCCCCCUCGCAGCCCCCCGCGGACCCGGCGCUCAUGGAGAUGUUGCGGCGCUUCGACCUCUCCUGGGAAUACGGACCCUGCACCGGGAUCACCCGCCUGCAGCGCUGGGAGCGGGCACAGGAGCUGGGGCUGAGCCCCCCCGGCCCCAUCCGUGAGGCCCUCCUGGAGCACCGGGACAACCCCGACGUCACCUACAGCCUGUGGCACGAGUACGAGCUGUGAGCCGCCGCGCCGAGGGAUGGGGGGAGCCAUUCCCGGCGCCCCCAGCCCCUGUUCCAGGGACAGCGGGAGGAUUAAAGCUGCUGCGAGCGAAGGAAGGGGUGCCGUGUGCUGCCUGGGGGGCACGGGGUGGGGUGAAGCCCUUGGGGUGCAGGGGGAGGGCAGGGAGUUGCAUCCCCCCCAAAAAAGCCAGGUGGGGUGUCCGUCACGCAGUUUAAUGCCACCCAGCUGGGACCCAGGCAGAACAAUGUGCUCUUGGGUGGAGAAAGGGAGGUGGGACAUUUUUUCCCCAGGAAUGGGGUGAAAAAAUGAAGAAAAGUGAGCUCAGGGGUGUGAGCAGCUGGCUGUGGAUGGUGGGGAUGUCCUGCAGUGGGGUGGGCAGAGGGACAGUGUCCUGUGGGAUGCAUAUGUUUAGUAGCCCCAAUUAGCAGCUUUGCUGUGUGCAGAAUCAUAAAUAACAGGAUGUGUCUGUUAAUUAUUCAGGUUAUCGAUGACUUAAUUCACCAGCUCUUUUUGUUGUUUCAUCAAUAAAAGAAAUUGUUUCUAUC